AUGCGCGUUGUCAAGAAUCGUAGCCGUACUGGCUGUUUCAGCUGCCGAGCUCGCCGAGUCAAGUGCGACGAACACAAGCCAACGUGCAAACGAUGCGAAGCUGCGAACAUCGAGUGUGCUGGCUACCAGCAGAAGCGAGAUGUAAAUCCGCGAGGGUUACAUCGAGCUAAGGAAGAUACAUCAUCCCUCGGCCCAAAUUUAUCAGCAGCAUCCCUAUCAGCGACCGGGACGCUACUAGUAGGCCAGCCAGUUCCACAACCCCACGUGGAUGGGGUUUCCCUUGUUGGACUACCCAGCAACCCUCGGCCAGGGCAGCGACCUGGGCCCGGAGCAAGACAUGUUUUAGGCUACCACCAAUUCAUAUUCAGGACACUUCCGUUGCUUUUCCCUCCAGAAGAUUUGCCCUUCUGGAGAGAUGAGCUGUGUCAAGAGGCUUGGGGUUCCGAUUACAUCUACUUGACUUUGAUUGCAUUGGGGGCCUUGCAUCGAGCGGCGCUUAUGAUGUCCAUUUCGGAAGACAUUUAUAGAAAAAGUGGCCUCGACACUAAAAUUACUGCCAUCCAGGUUUAUACUCAGGCUUUGCAGGAGCUAUCGAAUCAGCUGGACGAGGCGAAGAAGACGCCUAGACUCCUUAUUGGAGUGCUCUGCUUAAUGGCAUAUAUCGAGGCAAGCUCACAAACAUUGUUUCUAAAGCUAAGAGAAUUAACAUCAUCCCAGUCAUUUAGUGGCAAUAUACCAGCAUUCAUGGGACAUGUACAGACUGCCAACUAUUAUUUUAAGCUUCUCGCAUUGGCGGAUAGUGAAUCAAAUGCUCAUAAUGACAUGAGGAGGAGGGAGCUAGCGCCUCUAGAGGCUUGUCUGCGAUCAAUUGGGCAGACAUGCCGCGUUGCUUUGCCCUUUCCGCGCAUGCUUGAGGUGUUCCCGGAACGGACUGCCUCCUUGAUGCGUUCCACCGAAUCCACGUCCGCAAUGGAUUGGCCUAUGCUUCAGGGUCUCAUCAACCUUGUCUGUGCUGAAUCUGAUAUCGAAGAACUGGUUUGGAGUCCUUUGGCGGCCUACUCUCGGCGCAUAUCUUCAGCGGUGAUAUAUCGCUUCCAGGAAAAACUUCUCAAAUGGAGGAAUCAUCAUAGCAGCCUCCUCCCUGAGCUCGAUUCUUCUGAUUCCGCCCUGGAGGCUCUGUUGACCUACAAAUGGGAGAAAUUUUCCAUUCCUCCUUCUAAAUAUUCCUCGAUAAGUCCUCAAGGAUGUCUCGUGGCCGCCCACUAUAGCUUCUAUACGGCUCGGAUGAAAUGGGCGUUACAUCUCCUCGACGAGGAUAAAGAGAUCAACCAGAUAUCUGCCAACUUCUACUUCUACGAAACUAUGCGCUUCGCAGCGACACAUGCCAGUGGAUCCAUCGAGAUCAAUGAUACUCAAUAUUCGUAUUCACCACGCGAGGCUCUCAAGAUCGGCUUCCUACCGCUGUUGCAUAUUAUAGGAUUGUGCAGUCCCGAAGUUUCAUGGCUACGCUGGAUCAUUGACCUCUGCGAACAUAUUGAGCAGGAAGGCGUUCUCAAGGGACACACAUUUGCGGCCAAUUUACGCUGCCUGCAGACAUUUGAGAUGUACACUCAGAAGGAUACAAGCGCAAUACUCCAGCGGCUCCCCGACCCAGAGAAUCGCGUCAUUUGCCAGUUAAUCCCUGAGACAGACGGUCGCCAUUAUACAUCAUACUUUGCCGGGCGCAAGCUCGAUAGUAACCACUCGAUAGACGGACUGGCCGCAUAUCAAAUCCUGGGUCAUGCCCGCUGGAGAUGUUACUUCGGCGAACACCCAUGUAACCCAGAGAUCGAAUUUUAUGACGAGAAUCACACGGAAACGCUUUCGAAAGACUCACUGCUGAGCAAACAGGCUGCAGUUGAGUGGUUGGUGUGGUCGACAGAUGCGGAGUUCAACAUGGACCGUGCUAUUCGAGAUCAUAUCAACGGAACACGGCUUGUCCCCCCUCCCGAUGAGUUACAGGUUGCAAUCUAA